AUGGCCGAAUAUUCCACCCAUAUUCGACACGUACUCCUUUACGAGUUCGAAUCUGGCCACCCCGCUGCUGAAGCCCAUCGAAACUUAAGUCAAGUAUUCGGCACUAAAGCCCCUUCUGAGCGGUCUGUGCGCACCUGGUUCCAGCGCUUCAAACCCGGAAAUAAGAAACUCGAAGAUGAGCCUCGCUCAGCGACUGCAAUAUCGUUCGACGAACUGAAGAAUCUGGCGGAGCAGCAUCCAUAUGAAGGUGUGCGGUAUUUUGCUGCCAGUCUUGGCUGUUCGCUGUCCACCGUGAGCAAUGGACUGCGAUCUCUCGGAAUGGUGUCAGUGGCUCCCACAUGCAUUGACCGACGGCAACCGCCAAAAACGCCUGUACAUCUGCACUCAGCUGCUCUCCAGAAACCGCAGAUUCGACUGGCUGGACGCCAUUGUCACUGGAGAUGA